CCCGGAAAUGAGAAAAAAAAAAAAAAAAAAGACAGGUACGUUCCUGGAGUCUCACUGACUUUUUGUUGACUCGCUCCGAAUUGAAACCGAACGAUCUUAAAGUGACGUUUAGCGGAUUUUUUUUUUUUUUUCUGUUUGUCAAAGACAAGAGGGAAUUCUGGAAUCUGUGGCGCUUUUUUAGGACUUGUCAAAAGAUUUGUGGGGUGGACGGAGACAUGUCGUCUGGUGUGUGUGGGGGGGUGACGACGAGCUGUCAACAACAUUCGUCGCUUACUCUAUAAAAGCUUCAGUAUUACCCGUCCGCUGCCUGCUUGCGCUCCGAGCGCCCGCCGAUGGAGCAGGACACACAAUGGUUGUACCAACUCCUGGCUGACGUGCAGCUGGAGAAGUUCUACGUGCGCGUCCGCGACGGCCUCAACAUCACGCGCAUCGAGCACUUUGCCUACGUCAAGGAGGCCGACCUGGAGCACGUCGGCAUCAGCAAACCCGCACAAAGAAGAUUAUGGGACGCACUAAAACGUCAUAAGACAUCCCGGAGCUGGCGUAUGUGGGUGCCUAAGGGGCCGAGCGGUCGCGGUCCAGACAGCGAGCCCAACGUGGAAAGCGCCAGCCGGGCGCUCCCUAGCCUCAUCCAGGAUAGCGAGCUGGUUCUCGGGGAGAGGCUGGGCUCCGGCUCCUUCGGGGUGGUCAAGAAGGGCGAGUGGCACACGCCCACCGGAAGAGUUGUAGCCGUUGCGGUGAAAUCUCUGCGGAGCAGCUUGUCCCGUCAGGCGGACACCUUGACGGACUUUUUGCAAGAAGUCACCUGCAUGCAGUCGCUGGACCACCCGCACAUCAUACGACUUUACGGCGUGGUGCUCACGCAGCCCCUGAAAAUGGUGACCGAGCUGGCCUCGCAGGGCUCGCUGUACGACACGCUGCGCUCGCGGCAGUUCGAGUACCCGCUGGCGCGUUUGUGGCUCUUCGCCUGCCAGAUCGCGUCAGGCAUGGACUACCUGGAGAUGCGGCGCUUCAUCCACAGGGACCUGGCGGCCCGCAACGUCCUGCUGGCGUCUAGAGAGAUGGUGAAAAUCUGCGAUUUUGGCCUGAUGAGGGGCCUGAGCCAUGACGUCGACCACUACGUCAUGUCGGCGCAUCGGCGGAUCCCCUUCGCGUGGUGUGCUCCGGAGAGCCUCCGCGUGGGUUCCUUCUCGCAUGCGUCCGACGUGUGGAUGUUCGGCGUUACCCUGUGGGAGAUGUUCACGUACUGCGAGGAGCCGUGGUUCGGCCUGUCGGGAAGACAGAUCCUAUGGCGCGUGGAGCGCGAGGGCGAGCGGCUGGAGAAGCCGCCCGACUCGCCUCAAGAGUUGUACGCCGUCAUGAGGAAGUGUUGGGCGUGCGAGCCGGCCGAGCGGCCCGAUUUCGCCCGCCUCAUCGCAAUGGUGACCGAGGCCAAGCCCAUGGAGGUCCAGGCCGGCCGGGAGUUCUCCGAAGCCAGGAAGCUGGCGCUGGCGCCCGGGGAUCUCGUUACCGUCGUCGAGCACGGCCUAGAGCUCAGCGAGUGGCGUGGACAGAACCAGAGGACGCUCAGCGUGGGCUGGUUCCCUCCGAGCGUCAUCGUGCCCCCCGCUCCGGCACUAGUCCCUCCCGUUGCAGUCAACCCCGCUUUCAUCUCACCCCCGCUGAAGGGCAGUCUGCAUCACGCGGCGCAUGGGGAUGUCCACGUGUCUCGUAGCUGGGGAUCGCCCGACAACCUGGACGAAGGCAGUAGCAGCUGGAAGCAACCCAGGGAGAAUGAGACAUCAAAUCUGCUCAAAUUGUCAGGUAUUUCCCGAAGCCUGGAGUCAGUUUUGAGCGGUCGGCAGUCGCAAGCGCCUCCACCGCCCCCCUCGGGGAGGGCGGGAGCUCCGCCGAUGGUGGCCCGCAGCGUGGUGGUCCAGCAGGACCCCCGGCGUUUCAGCGAGGCCAGCGUCCUGCCGCCUCCCCGACCGCCGCCGCCCAACCUCAAGCGCUCCAACUGGAAACCUCAGAAAAGGCCCACAGUGCACCCGAUCUCGGGCUCCCACUGGCUGCCACCGCCGCCGCCGCCCCCUCCUUCAGGAGGGGGCGCCCACCUGGCCAAAAUGUCCCAGCUGGCACGUUCCACCCCUCAACUGGAUGAUUACGGGGACGGGAGAGAGCGGCUUCGUGAAAGGGAGAAGCCGUCUCCUGUGCUCUACACCAGAGACACGCUCAUCUCACAGGUGAUGGAGGCCGUGCACGGGGUAACCAUCGAAGAGGCUCACGGCGCUCUGCAACGCAACGACUGGAACCCGCUGCGAGCUGAGCAGCAACUUAAGUUGGAACAGCUCUACUCGCUGAGUUUGUGCUCUCGAGAGGACUGCCUGCGGAUCCUGACCAGGUACCAGUGGAACCUGCAGCUGGCCAGCCGCUACCUCAUCCGCUGGUCGCGCGACGAACGGUCCGCUUCGGCCGAAAGGGAGCGGGCGGCGCUUAGCGGCGAGCGACGGCUGUAAAACUGCAAUGUCACUUUUCAAAAGACACUACUUACACUUUUUUAAAAGUAUAUUUCAUAUUUCCUGGGAUGUUUAUAUUGUUCUGUUGAAUAAAUUGAUUUUGAGAAGUU